UUUUCUUGAUGUGAAAAAUAUCUGCCAUACUCAGCGAAAUUAUUUGAUACUCAGCGAAAUUAUUCGGGUUAAAUGGGGAAGAAGAAGAGCCGAGGAGAAGGUUCUGGUCUCGGCAGGGCUUUGAUUAAGGAGAGACUCAACGCUGGACGGGGGACCAGGAGAAAUGAUUCUUGGCUCCACACCAGUGAACUGAAUGAUGGCUAUGACUGGGGCCGUCUCAAUCUCCAGUCCGUCACAGAGCAGAGCUCACUGGACGAUUUCUUGGCCACAGCAGAACUGGCAGGAACAGAGUUUGUUGCCGAAAAGCUCAACAUCAAGUUUGUGCCUGCUGAGUCUAGAGCCGGUUUACUGACAGCAGAAGAAUCUAAAAGAUUGAAGAAACUCCAUGAAGACAAUAAACAGUUCCUACGAAUUCCUCGCAGGCCACACUGGGAUGAGAACACAAGCCCUGAGGUUCUACAGCAGGCGGAAAAGGACAGCUUUCUGGAGUGGAGACGACAGUUGGCAGUGCUGGAGGAAGAACAAAAGUUGAUUCUCACUCCUUUCGAAAGGAAUCUGGAUUUCUGGAGGCAGUUGUGGCGAGUGAUAGAGAGGAGUGACAUUGUGAUCCAGAUUGUUGAUGCCAGAAACCCACUGCUAUUCCGUUGUCCAGAUCUUGAGAAAUAUGUGAAGGAGGUCUCCGAGCAUAAGGUGAACAUGCUGUUGUUGAAUAAAGCAGACCUGCUCACCAGAGAGCAGAGGAGAACCUGGGCCCAGUACUUCCAGAGGGAGGGGGUCCGAGCCGCGUUCUGGUCCGCUUUGGCUGAGGGAGAACGACUGGACGCGGAGGAGAAGGGAGAAGAUGUAGGAGGUGAAGAAGAGAGUGAUGCGGAGCGUGACGAAGCCAUGGAAACCAGUGGCAGACCUCCCAUAGAAAAGAGAGAGUUGGAUGAGAGGAGUGAAGGGAACCAAGAGACUGAAGAGAGUGAUUCUGAGGACGAGAGGAGAAGAGUGAGAUUUGAGGACUGCGUGGAGGAAGGAGAUUGGCAGACCUGCUCCGAGAUAUCAGAGGAUGAAGAAGACGAGGAGGAAACGAAGGAGCAGGGAAGAGAACAGUCAGACGGCUCAUCCUUCCGAAACUCCAGUCGUCUGCUGCGUAAACAGGAGUUGCUGGACCUCUUUAAAUCAGCACACUCUGGGACCAGGUGUAAAGAAGGUCAGCUCACUGUGGGACUGGUGGGUUACCCUAAUGUUGGCAAGAGCUCCACUAUCAACACCAUUCUCCGAAACAAGAAAGUCUCAGUUUCAGCUACCCCUGGUCACACCAAGCACUUCCAGACCCUGUUUGUGGAGCCCGGUCUAUGUCUGUGUGACUGUCCCGGCCUCGUCAUGCCCUCCUUCGUUUCCACCAAAGCCGAGAUGAUCUGCAGCGGGAUCCUGCCCAUCGAUCAGAUGAGAGAUCACGUCCCUGCCGUCUCUUUAGUGUGUCAGACCAUCCCCCGGGCUGUGUUAGAAGGCACGUACGGCAUAAACAUCAUCAGACCGCGGGAAGACGAGGAACCCGAUCGCCCGCCCACGUCCGAGGAGUUUCUGACCGCCUACGGAUAUAUGAGGGGUUUUAUGACCACACAUGGACAGCCUGACCAGUCGCGGUCAGCUCGCUAUGUCCUGAAAGACUACGUCAGUGGGAAGCUCCUGUAUUGUCACCCUCCUCCACAUGUUGACGCGAAAGAUUUCCAGCCGCAGCACAAAGGGUUCAUUAACAGGACAGCAGAGACAGAACUACAGCCCUCACACACCUCGAACAAACAGCCCAAAGUCAAACGCAUUGAGAACACAGUUGACAAAAGCUUCUUCCAUCAGGAAAAUGUCCGUGCACUGACCAAAGGCGUUCAGACGGUGAUGGGCUAUAAACCAGGCAGCGGACCCCAGGACCAGGGUAAAGUUGGUUCAGAGCAACAAGCCGGCAAGCCAUGGAAGAAACAUGGCAACAGGAACAAGAAGGAGAAACUGCGAAGGAUUAACAAACACCUGGAUGCUUAAACUGAUUUUACAUAAGACAGUUGAAUAGGUUGUCUUCAAAUGGGGAAAAAUAGCAUGAAAUUCUGAUAAGUCGAUUUAAAACCUAUUUGCUGCUGAACGUCAUGUUUUCAGUGGCGAGGCUGCACCUUUCACUAAGUUCACUCUCUGUGACUCUAAAAGGUAAUAGCUCUGUUUGAAGUGACCUGGAUGAUUAUUGCUGGACAUUCCACAAUGAGGAUAAAUCAAUUAACAGACAAUGGUAUCUGAGUCUGUACAAAUUACAAAAUGGACACACUGUUAUCAUAAUCAUGCUUCUGGAGUAAACAGAGAGUCCUGAAUCAGAUGCUUACGCUCCAUCACCU